GUCAAGAUGGCAGAGCCGCGUUCCUCGUCUCACUCUCGAUGAUGAAGCCGCCGGCAUUCCGAAUGCGUGUGCCAUGGUACGAACCAAGACGCUGACCUCUUAUUCGCAGAAGCCGAGAAGAUCGGUAUGCACCCUCAUCCAUGCCCCCCCCCCAAAAAAAAAAAAAAACAAGAAAGAAAGAAAGAAAAGGAAAAAAAAACCCUCCCUACAAAGGCCGUGAAUCACGUAGGUGCUCCCACUUACAAGUUGAGCACCCCGUCAUAGAAAUGAUCACUGGCCUUGACCUUGUCGAGUGGCAACUGGAAGUUGCGGCUGGUAAUCCAAUUCUACUUUCAACCCUCGGAAUGAUUUUCUACCUGACUUCGGGCCGCUAUUAUACCUUGAUACCUCGAAACCAGCUCAUGUCUUUGCCCCUCCCAUCCCAUCACUCCCUCACAACGAUUCGUGCUCAGAACUGGAAUCGAUGAAGCGGUCACUCGAUACCUCAAAGCAUGUGGCACCGUUGAUGCGCUCAGAGCAAGGGUUCAUGCAAGGCGCACAGAUUGGUGUUUUAUGACCCGAUGACUGCCAGGCUGGUGGUACGUGGACGUAGCG